AUGGCUUUCCCACUCGUAGGCUCCGGGCCCGGCAUCUUCAUGCCAAACUCUGGCGUUUUGCCCGAAUUCAAGGACGUCUUCCCAUACAGCGACUUUGUCCACUGGUAUGAGACCGUGCACAUUCCGGACUGGCUGCGCUGGAAGCCUGGCGCCAUCACGUCGGCCUGGAGAUACCAGUCGGUCGAUGCCGACCGCGACUGGCCGUUCCUCGUGGCGUACAAGUUUCCCAACAUCUCGGACCUGAGCUCGCCCGACUACAUAACCAUACCCUUAACCAACCCGAUGCUGCCCGAGGGCGGGCCAAUAAGCAAGUUCACCCACAUCGAGGCUGUGGCUGGGCCGCAUAUCGAGACAUGGAGGAGCGGUAGCACGGGCGACGACCGAGGCCCCAUCCUCGUGACUGAAGAGAUUGAUCCCGCCAACGUCACGACGGAUAAGUUCCAGGAAUGGUAUCGCGACGUCUACAUCGGCGAGGUCUCGGCCAUGGCGGGCUGGCGGCGCACAAGCCGCUUCGACAACGGCAUGGGCCAGCCCAGGUGGCUCGCAUUGCACGAGUUUGAGGAGUCGAGCUUCGGGCCGAACACCACCAAGAUUGCGGGCCUGCUGGAGCUCAAAAGGGAUCUAUCGGUGCAGGUCUAG